AUGGUGGCUGUUAAACCAGAGUCGCUUUUGGAAUACAUUAUCAUAGAAUACCGAUGGCUGCUGGUGAUCCCGAUUCUGAUGCCGCUAUCAUUCAUAUGGAAGAUCUGGUCAGCAUUAAGGAAUUACGUCGUCUUCUCACUGAACAGCGCUCCAAAAGCCCAUGCGAAGAAAGUCAAAGAUAUUCAAAGACAGAUAAAAGCUUGGUUAGACGGCGAUCGUAAGACAAAGCUAUGUACAGCCAGACCUACUUGGCAAACAAUGUCUUUUCGUCAGGGCAUCUACAAGAAAUCUUUUACUAAUAUUAACAUCAACCUCGUGGACGUACUUGAAGUCGACACCAAAAACAUGACUGUCCGCUGCGAGCCUUUAGUCACUAUGGGCCAAAUAUCAAGAACUUUGGAGCCAUUGGGCCUAGCGUUAGCAGUAGUUCCAGAAUUAGACCAACUCACUGUAGGGGGUCUAGUUAUGGGGACGGGCGUGGAGACAUCAUCACAUAUAUAUGGCUUGUUCCAACACAUAUGCCUUGAAUAUGAACUGGUUUUGGCUGACGGUUCAGUUGUAACCUGCAGCAAGGACGAAAACCCUGAUUUAUUCUAUGCUAUACCUUGGUCGUAUGGAACUUUGGGAUUUCUUACUUCGGCUGUCAUAAAAAUCGUGCCGGCUAAAAAAUUCGUUCGAUUGGAAUAUCAUCCGUACACAAAUCUUAAAGAUCUAGCAAAGAAAUUUCAGGAAGAAUCUUUGAAGAAGAACCCACAUCAAUUUAUUGAAGGUUUGCUUUACACAAAGGAUAGCGGCGUUGUGAUGACUGGAGAUAUGGUUGAUACGGUGGGAGAAGAUGGAAAGUUUAAUCCAAUCGGCAAGUGGUAUUCCGAAUGGUUCUUCAAGCAACUCGAAAAAUAUUUAAGCAAGUAUAGAAAAGGGAAUAGAGACUCGCAUAUAGAAUACAUACCAUUGAGGGACUAUUACCAUCGACACACUCGCAGUUUCUUUUGGGAACUUCAGGACAUAGUCCCAUUUGGUAACAAUAUUAUUUUCCGUUAUCUAUUCGGCUGGUUAAUGCCUCCUGAAGUGUCAUUAUUGAAGCUCACUCAACCUGAAGCGGUCACGAAAUUAUACAAUAAGGGACACGUCAUACAAGAUAUGUUGGUGCCAAUCGAAACUAUGGAAGAAGCUAUUGACGUUUUCCAUAAGGAAUUCGAGGUCUAUCCCAUAUGGUUAUGUCCAUUCAAAAUAUUCAACAACCCUGGCCAGUUGAAGAUACAUUCUGGGGAGUGGCAAAUGUUUGUUGAUAUAGGUGUCUAUGGCGUGCCGAAAGCAAACGGAUUUGAAACGGUAUCAUCAACAAGAAAAAUAGAACAAUUUGUGGCCAAAAAACGCGGUUUCCAAAUGCUGUAUGCAGAUACAUACACAACCCUCGAUGAGUUCAGACAGAUGUUCGACCACACGCUCUAUGACAAACAGAGGAAUAGUUUGACGUACUGCAAGGAAGCCUUCCCAGAGAUUUACGGGAAAGUUAACAGAAGUGUCCGAAAGUGA